AACCCAAUUCUCACGUACACAAAUUCUCUCUCGUGACUCCGAAAUACAAGUUAGAACGAGACGGCGAUAUAUACUGUAUAGCAUACGAGAUCCCGUGGUGUGUCGUGCGCUCCACACACAGUCUCAAACACACAAACACACACACACAUCAGUGCGAUAUACUCGGUGCUGCGCGAGCUGUAUGGACGAGAGACUCGAGCGUGAAAUACCUCCACAGCAGUAGUGUCUCACUGGCGUCGAAAUAAGCAGCGCGACUCUGGGAUUAAAGAAAUAUUUCAUUGGUAUAUCGAGACUUGAUUCAUUCGAGCCGAAGCGAGCUUUCAUCCAGCCAUGUCGUCCCUGCAGCAGACCCUGGGCGCUCACGAGGCACGCAAGGAGCACAUCCUCGCCGUGACGAGGAACUUCAUCGACCAGCCGCGACUCACCUACAAGACUGUGUCUGGUGUAAACGGUCCCCUGGUCAUUUUGGACGAUGUAAAAUUCCCCAAGUUUGCUGAGAUCGUUCAGCUAAGACUUGCAGAUGGCUCCAUCCGCUCUGGUCAGGUUUUGGAGGUGUCAGGCUCCAAAGCCGUUGUUCAGGUGUUCGAAGGUACUUCAGGCAUCGAUGCCAAGAACACUCACUGCGAGUUCACCGGUGACAUUCUGCGCACACCGGUGUCAGAGGACAUGUUGGGUCGAGUAUUCAACGGCUCAGGCAAACCCAUUGACAAGGGACCCCCAAUUUUGGCAGAGGAUUUCCUUGACAUCCAGGGACAGCCCAUCAAUCCCUGGUCCCGUAUCUACCCAGAGGAGAUGAUCCAAACCGGUAUCUCUGCCAUUGAUGUUAUGAACUCAAUUGCCAGAGGACAGAAAAUCCCAAUUUUCUCUGCUGCUGGUUUGCCUCACAAUGAAAUUGCUGCACAAAUCUGUCGUCAAGCUGGUCUGGUCAAGGUACCAGGUAAAUCGGUGCUCGACAGCCACGAGGACAACUUUGCCAUUGUUUUCGCCGCUAUGGGUGUGAACAUGGAGACCGCUCGUUUCUUCAAGCAGGACUUCGAAGAGAACGGUUCCAUGGAGAACGUGUGUCUGUUCUUGAAUCUCGCCAACGAUCCAACCAUCGAACGUAUCAUCACUCCACGUCUGGCUCUCACAGCCGCCGAGUUCCUCGCCUACCAGUGCGAGAAGCACGUCCUCGUCAUUCUCACAGACAUGUCCUCUUACGCCGAGGCCCUUCGUGAGGUGUCCGCCGCCCGUGAAGAAGUUCCCGGACGUCGUGGUUUCCCCGGUUACAUGUACACCGAUUUGGCCACCAUCUACGAGCGCGCCGGUCGCGUCGAGGGCAGAAACGGCUCCAUCACCCAGAUCCCAAUUCUGACUAUGCCCAACGACGACAUCACGCAUCCCAUUCCCGAUUUGACGGGUUACAUUACCGAGGGUCAGAUCUACGUCGACCGACAGCUACACAACAGACAGAUCUACCCACCGAUCAACGUGCUGCCGUCUCUGUCGCGUCUCAUGAAGUCCGCCAUCGGCGAGGGCAUGACUCGCAAAGAUCACUCCGACGUCUCCAAUCAGCUGUACGCCUGCUACGCCAUCGGUAAGGACGUGCAAGCCAUGAAGGCAGUCGUCGGUGAGGAGGCCCUCACGCCCGACGAUCUGCUCUAUCUGGAAUUCUUGUCCAAGUUCGAGAAGAACUUCAUCUCACAAGGCUCGUACGAGAACCGCACGGUGUUCGAGUCGCUCGACAUCGGCUGGCAGUUGCUCCGUAUCUUCCCCAAGGAGAUGCUCAAGAGAAUCCCGGCCAACACCCUGGCCGAAUUCUACCCCAGAGACUCGCGCCACUAAUGCAAAAAACAAUAACAAUAAAGGCAUAAAAAAAAACAUACGCUAAGAUAUAAGAUAUAUUUUAGAAUUAAAUAAGUGAAAGAAUUUUUAGUUUUAUUUAAAAAUAUCAAUAUGAAAAAAAAAACUUCAUUGAUAACGUGUUGCUCUUCUUGGUGAAUUUGUCGGCUGUCCUCCUGUUGUUGCUAAGCGAGAUGGGGAGAGCGGAACGGAGAAUAAAAAAAAAUUUCACCCUGUUUAUCUUUACAAAAAAUAAUGUUCUUUCAUUCAUCGCAGUGUUAUAAAUAAAGGAGCGUUUUUUCGUUGUUCUAUAUGCUGUAUCGAGUCAUUAAAAAAAAAAACAAAAAGAAAGUAUGUAGAAAUGGUAUAAACCGAGUAUCGGUUGUGCUUGCUGUAUACUCAUUGUAAAAUAAAUCAUGUUCUAAUGCCGAGAUGUCUCUUUCAAUUCGAGCGCGCGACAAAAAUGUAUAAAAAGAAAAAAAAUAAUUCAUUCAUUUUUGUCAGUCGAUACAAUAGUGCAAUUUCAUUCGCAAAGACAGCAUUACGCUCGCCGAACACUAUUUAUUAUACACGGGCACUUGUUGAUUUUUUAAAGCAAAAGAAAAAGUUUGCGAGAUUUUAUUUAAACAAAAAAAGAAGUAAAUUUUAUUGGCAUGUGUAAAAGAAUGAUAAUGUUACGAAAUAUACCCUUGUAAAUAUA